CCCCAGCAGCUAUGUGUAUACCUGUGUACAGGGCUGACCGACACACCUUGAGUUCUCUGUGGUUUUGGAGCAUACCCCUGGAACACUUGAAGCAUUUGCGCCAUAAAUUCCAUAUAUUUAUGGCUAAUAACAACAGUUCUCAAGUGAAGGAAUGCCUCAGACACUCUGACAUGGCCGAGGAAAGCAAACCAGGAUCGAGCCAAGACACAAUGGAUGGCUCAAAACGAAAGCACAGUGAGUGCUCCAGUACUGAGGUCACCGACCCGAGACAAAAACCAGGCGCUGAGGCACAGGCCGGAGAUACACAGUGUGAGGGAAAGCUGAAUAAAGAACCUGAGUGCCACAUGCAGCUGGACAAACUGUCUGCAGACAGGAAUCACACAGUGCUUAUAGAUAUAAACAAAUUUAAUGCUGGCAGAAUAGUUCCAUAUAAGGGAAAGCAUGUUUGGGACCACCUCCAUGUGAAAUUACCCCAAUGUUAUCCACUGAAUACCAUGGGGUCUCGCUGGGCAGUCACAGAGAAAGCUCUGAAAAACCUUACAGAUAAGGUUGUUUCAGUAGGAGAUGUUGAGAAGGCCAUUAAAACUUACAAUCACUCCCACGGGAGGGACUGGUAUUUCGAUGCCCUUUCCUCAUAUGUUGCGGGAGUGCCAAAGAUGGAGAACAGUUUUCCCAAUGUGAUCUCAAAUAUGGCCAAACUUGCACUGAAGUUGCCUGAGCUCAUCCAACAUCCCAUCCCUUUGCUGAGGCAGAACUGCAACCAUGCCAUAACGAUGUCCCAGGAGCAGAUCUCCUGCCUGCUGGCCAAUGCGUUCUUCUGCACUUUUCCCCACAGAAAUGCAACUCAUCCCAACAGUGAAUAUGGCAAUUUCCCCACCAUCAACUUCAGCAGCCUGUUCACUGAAAGGUCUCCACGGAAGUUUCAGAAGCUGAGAGCCCUUUUUCACUACUUCAACACUGUAACCAAAGAAGACUCCAAACCAGACGGACUGGUCACUUUUGAAAGAAUUAGCAUUAAACCAUCUGAGUGCCCUGAAUGGAAUAAGCAGAAGGAAAAUUUGACCAACCUCCAGGUGUACUCUAAAGGCUGCAUCGAGAAGGAAGGUAAAGGCAUGCUGCAGGUGGAUUUUGCUGCCAAGAUGGUAGGUGGAGGAGUGCUCGGGCGAGGACUGGUGCAGGAAGAGAUUCGCUUCAUUCAGUGCCCUGAAUUGAUUGUGGCCAGGCUCUUCACAGAAAAACUGGCCGACAACGAAUGUCUGAAGAUCACAGGCGUGCAGAUGUACAGCAAUACCCGUGGCUACAGCGAUACCUUUGAGUGGGACAGCCCCCAUACAGACCAAACCAAAAGGGAUGAAUGGAAACGGCGUUUCUGCCAGAUUGUUGCAAUUGACGCUUUGAGAUUUGACGACCCAAGACAGCAGUUCACUGAGAAAAACAUCAAACGAGACCUACUCAAGGCAUAUGUCGGCUUCAAGAGGGAUAACAUUCCUACUGAAUACACUUCUGCUAUUGCUACUGGCAACUGGGGAUGCGGAGCUUUUAAAGGUGAUCCAAUGCUCAAAGCUCUUAUUCAGAUGAUGGCUGCAGCUGUGGCUCAGCGAGACUUGGCCUACUUCACUUUUGCCAAUGAGCAGCAGGCAGAGCAGCUGCAGAGUAUGCACAAGUUACUGAAGAGUCACAACAUGACUGUGGGCAAGUUAUACAAUCUGCUGCAGGAGUAUUGUAAGUACUACAGUCGUCAUCAUCAUCAUCCUCCUCAUCAAGUGAAGAAUGUGUUUGACUACAUCAGGGAGAAGCUGGCUAUUUGCUCUAGUCAGCUAUGAAAACCUGCUGUUCUUUUGAAGCAAUACAUUAGAUCAAUGCUAUAUUUCUCUUCAUGAAGAAACUGUAAAUUGUGUUCAAUUUUGGUUCCAGGGUUUAUAUUUAAUUGCAGCAGAACACUUACAGUAAAUGAAAAUAGUGUCUUUGGUGUGAUGCACUUUAGAAAACUUUCAAUGGGCUUUUCAUUACCGAAAUAAUAGAAAUGCAGGCUAGAUAUUUCUUUUAAUAAGUACUAAUAAGCAUCAGUGUUUAUUUUUUUUGGAAAUUGAAAUGAAAAUCCUUUUUAAUUGCAAUGUUGUGUACAUACAGUCUAAGAAAAGAACGAAAUAAAAAUCUCAAUGAAA